UGGUGUGAUAUUUAUUUUGCAAAGCUCGCGGAGAAGGAAGGGAAGAUCUUCCACAACAUUUAUAUUUGAUAUUGUUUGUCUCUCCACCAUCGAGCCGUCGGAUGGCGCGGGGAUCGAACGGCUGGCGGAUGGGAGGCAAGCACGGCCGUCGGAUGCGAGAUGCUACGUGCACCUGCCUCGGCCGUUGAGGUGGGGCUCAUCGACGGCCUCUUUUCCCCUUGCGGUUGGCCGUCGGAUGGGGCACGGACGGCCGCGAUGCCUUGUCUUGGUUCCACGCCGAGAACUUCACAAUAUCAGUCUGUAUCAGGGCGCGGGCUCCAAGAGCUAAAGAAGAGCUCGACUUGUUUGUAGUAUAUGCUGCGUUUAAUCUUAGGUAUAGCUCUAGGUUUUUGGCCGAUGUUUCCCGAAGAAGCUGAGACGAGACAACGUACCGCAUUUGUCCUUGCCGGUUCUUCUUGAUCUCCGCUUCUUCUUUCCUCUCUCUCCUCCGAUCUUUGUCAGAAAUCGCUCCCCGCGCAAGAAUUUCCGCCAGAGAAGGAAGGAUCCCGCCAGGGAACGACGAUGAUCAUUGCAAGAUCAUUGCAAUGCGAUGGCGCAUCGAUGCGGCCAGGGUUUUGUGGCCGAUCGAUCAAUAUUUCGGCGGAUUCGUGAGAUUAUCGCGGGCGGGAGGGGAGAGCCGAGCUGGGAUCGAUCGAUCGAGAGCCGGGAGGGUGCGUCGUCGCUGUCGGUGGUUCAGUAGGUAGUUUGAGCGGAUGCCGGGGCAGCGGAUGGCCUGUCAGCAUCGAUCUCUAAUGUGACAGUCCGGGGAGGAGCGCGCAAAACAUUCGCGGCCUGUUCGGGCGAAUUCUGGAGCACGGCACGGAUUGUCUGCAUCGCCAGGAAUGUGCCGCCGGGCGAGAAUCAAGCGCUGCUCUGGGCGGCGGGGCUCCUCUCGAAUCGACGUUUAGCUGAAUUCCUCUCGGUGGCCGCGACGUGGAAAGAAUGUGCUUUUGAAGCAGCGAUGGCGAAUGAGAAGAUGUGAUUGGCAUCGAUUGAUCGCCGACACAAGGUGCCCGAGGAGAUAGCGCUAUCAACCAUCCGCGGACGGAAUUUUUUCAGGGUUGUGAACUCGUUGCUGGGCUUCUUCUCGAGGCUAGGUGGUGUCGGGACGGCCUUCUCAGCCGCAGGAUCAUGGAGCUGAGGUGCUGUGCCAGGUAAAUGCAUGAAGAGCUUGUUUCUGCUCGAAAAUGAACCAUUUCCAGCAGCAACAGACACACGUUGCGCAGCAAAGCCGGCGUGAGAAGUUGAGGAUACCAGGCUCGCUGCAUCCUUCCUCGCCUCAGAGUGGUAACCACAGUGAUCACUCGGCCGGGUCGGCCUCUGCAGUUUUGGAAGCUCGCCAGGGACAGGAUCACAAUUUCAAUGGCUCCACGGCAGUGCGAGGCGGUGGCGGCGGGGGAGGAGGAGCAGGAGGAUACCCGGAGCUGCCUUUCCAGAAUGUUAUGUCGGCAGCGGAUGCUUACAACUUUGGAGCGGGAUCCGAGCUCUUGGCUUACACAGCAGCCAAGGCAAACGGCUUCAUGGGGUCGGCUGGGUCAGAUAUGCUCCCCCCGCAAACACCUCUGGCAGCUGCUGCUAGUUUUUCCAAUCCCGCUGCUGGCGUCAUUUCGAAGAACUCCUGGACUGGUACGAGUGGUGGGAUAAAUGGUCAGCUUGGUGGUCACUACAAUGGAAGCAGCAACCCGUUGAGCAUCACUGGAACAGGCUCCCCUCACCCCCCAUCCUCCAGCGCAGUCGCAGCGACAAUGUUAGGUGGUUUACAAGGUGGUCCUCAGCAACUCGGGGGGAGGGAGGGGCCGAUGACGAGUUACCUCUCCGGGCAGAACAGUGCGCAGGCCGAGGCAAUGCAGCUGUUUCUCACGGGUUAUUCGGGCUACUCGGAUCCUUCAACGCCCGGGGGCAUGGUGUUGAUCAGUCCCUCGAGCGGGAGCUCGGUUCAGAGCAGUCAGCUGACUGGCAGCGCACCUGGGCAGUCUCACUUUAUAGGAAUUCCACUCACGCAGCCCAGUUUAUCGCAGCAGGAUGCCUCUGGUGGCAAUGGUCUUCCCUCCAGUGCGUUUGCUUCGAGAGGUGGAGCCAACAGUACAUACAACUGGAGAAACGGAGGGGACGAGUUUCUUUUUCUGCCAUCCAGCGAGGCCACCCAGCAGCGAAAGUCGAUAAGCGGCGAGCCGAGCGGCUUAAACCAGAUAACCGAACUUUCCGACUACGCUCUACGACAGCCUUCUCUUUCAUCCAUGCUGGGACAGCAGCAUCAACAGUCCUUGCUGCAAGCUGGCCAUCGCCUGGAGAUGGAUAAUUCUCAUCAAGGAGCGGCCGCUGGACCGGGAUAUCACCAGAGCCUCUCGCUUUCCCUGUCAAAUCAGAACGCUCAGCUUCAUGCGCGUGAACCGGGGAUGAACUCACCAGGUGGUUCUCAAGAUGCGAAACGAGGCGUGGGCAAGCUUUCGGGGGACCUGAGCCACUUUAGAACUUCGCCCAGGGAUGGUGGUGCAAGUUACGUCAACUUGCCGAGCAGCGCGGGCACCAAGCAUUCUUACUUUGACGUAGCAGGUCCAGGACCAUCUGCAGUGUCCAACUCGUUCAGCUUCGUGUCCGGCAGUCGGUACUUGAGAGCCGCGCAGCAGCUGCUGGACGAGGUAUGCAGCGUGGGGAGGGGCCUCAAGCAAAGCUCCAAAAGUAAAGGAUCGCAGCAAGGCUUGGGUGGUCAAAGCAGUCCAGCUGCAGUCACAAGUUCCUUGCACAAAGAGGCUGCUCUAACGGAAAAUUCAGUGAAAAGCGAAAUUACCAUAGGAUCAUCUGCCGUCGCCAGUCCCGGUACAGGACCAGCUACCGUCUCGACAGUCGCACCCUCUACUAACACCGCGGAGAGCAAGGAAAAUGUAUCCGUGCUCACGCCCGAUGAAAGGCAGGAGUACGAAGGCAAGAAGACCAAACUUUUGGCUAUGCUUCAGGAGGUUGAUAGGCGUUAUCGGCAAUACUAUGACCAAAUGCAGGUGGUCAUCACUUCCUUCGAUGCUGUUGCUGGCGCGGGCGCCGCGACUCCAUACACAGCACUCGCGCUGCAAGCAAUGUCUCGCUACUUCAGGUGCCUCCGGGACGCUAUAACAGGCCAGAUCCAAACGACGUGCAAGGCUCUGGGUGAGGAAGACGUGACGAAGAGCAUUACGAGCAGGCCUCUCACGUCCCGGCUGCGGUUUAUUGAUCAACAAAUCCGCCAGCAGCGAGCGUACCAGCAAUACGGAAUGCUGCAGCAGCAUGCAUGGCGCCCUCAACGGGGAUUGCCGGAGAGAUCGGUAUCCAUUCUACGAGCGUGGCUAUUCGAACACUUUCUGCAUCCGUAUCCCAAAGACGCAGAUAAAAUGAUGCUCGCUAGGCAGACAGGUCUAACGAGAGGCCAGGUCUCCAACUGGUUUAUUAAUGCCCGAGUCCGGCUCUGGAAGCCUAUGGUCGAGGAAAUGUAUCAGGAGGAGAUUAAAGAGCAGGAGCUCGGGGUGGCGUCCGCCAGACUCUUGGCAGAUCCAGACGAGCGGCACAACCAUGAUGGAGUUGGAGGGGACUCGCUGACGAGCGACCGGAGCGACAGGGGCGAUAUGGGGGCCGGGCUGAUGCAGCUGGACGGGAGCUCCGAGCAGCAGAGCUACGCGUCCGAGUAUGGAAUGCUGGCGUCCAUAAGGAAGGCGGACUCGGUACAGAUGUUUGGGGCCGCCGACUCAGGGGCGCAACAGGUGAAGAAGACGAGGCUGGGGAUCCAGGACUCGGUGGGAAUGCUGGCGGAUCACCACCACCACCACCACCACCACCACCAUGGUCACCACCACCACCACGCUGGAGGAGGUCUGGACGUGGAGAUGAAAAGCCACGACGGUGGCGAGGGAAUCAUGUGUGGCGUGCCGCCGCCAGGCUCCCUGGAGAGGCACUUUGUGGACUAUGCCGCCGCGCAAAACGGGCCGCUCCACUCGGAUCACGGCUUCGACGACCAGAGCAGGGGGUUUGGGAGGACGUCCUACGGUGGCGGAUUUUCGUCGCAACAGCAGCAGCAGCAGCAGCAGCAGUACCCGGGGAGCAGUGGAGUGUCGCUCACGCUGGGGCUGAGGAACCACGAGAGCCAGCUGCAGCAGCUAGCGGCGGCGGCGCAGCAGUCGUUCCUCGGCCACCAAAACUUCCUGGCGGUGAGUCGCGGCCACACUCAGCACCACCAGCAGAUUGGAGGAGACCAUGGAAGCGAGCUGUGCAACAUCUACGAGAACGCCGCCGCGGCCGGGUUGAAUGCCGGGCACCAGCACGCACACAUUGGAGGAGAGCAAGGAGGAGGAGGAGGAGGAGGAGGAGGAGGAGGUGGUGGUGGUGGUGGUGGUGGCGGCGGCGGCAUUGAUUAUAGCCAAGGCCGCAAGCAGCAGCAUAUGGAGGGCCAUCUUUUGCAUGACUUUGUAGCGUAAAAGAGGCAGCACAGCCACGGCACAGCAGUUUAAAACUCCCUGCGGCAACGUAGUCCAGGGGUGUAAUUCUAUAAAAGAGCAGAAGAAGAAAUGAAUAGAUUUCCAACUUUA